AAUUUUCGAAGCUUCGGUUUUGUCCAGAUGACAACCUGCAUCAGGUCUGACAGUGAUGAAACAGCAUUUAUUACAUGCACAGAGUUUUAAUAAGUCGUUCAACCGCUGCUGGAUCUUAAACUGUUGCAUUGAGAGCUGACAUUGUCGGCUAUCAUUGAGAAUCUAGGAAGAGGAGGAACGACAAUUUGGGUGUCCUGAUACAAACGCCACUCCAGAUACAACCAUGGCAAAUGACUCCAUCCAAAGUGAUCCCGGUGGGUUGUCGGUACUAGAGCAGCUUGGCUUGGACCACAGCUCCGAUUUCUCUGACACGAGUGUUCAGCUGCGAUUGGAUGAACAGCGAGAGCGAAUCCGUAGGGAAAUUCGUAAGGAGCUGAAGAUUAAAGAGGGGGCAGAGAAUCUCCGCAGAGCCAAUACAGAUAAACGAAAUGCUCAGCAGGUGGAGAGUCAGUUGCGGAGCUCCAAUCGACGUCUGGAAACGCUCCACGAUCAACUACAAGAGCUGGAUGCUCAUAUCGUCGUCAAAGGGACGGAUGAUUCACGUGAUGAUGUUCCUCAGUCACCAGGAGCAGAGAGCAGAUCGUCGGCACAUAAGGAGAGAAUCGCUGCACUGGAAAGGCAGUUAAACAUCGAACUCAAAGUCAAACAGGGGGCUGAGAAUAUGAUCCCCAUCUACGCCAAUGGCUCCACUAAGGAUAAAAAGAUGUUGCAGACAGCUCAGCAGAUGCUACAGGACAGCAAGACAAAGAUUGACAUCAUCCGCAUGCAGAUCCGAAAAACAGUGCAGGCCUACGAACACACUGAUGAUACACCAGGAAAGCCUGACCCAUGUGGUAUGGAGCUACGGAUUGAGGAGCUCAGACACCAUUACCGUGUAGAGCACGCUGUCGCUGAGGGAGCCAAAAAUGUCCUCAGACUUCUCGGAGCCAGUAAAGUACAGGACAAGAAGGCCAUGUCAGAGGCUCAGUGUCGUCUGAGCGAGUCGUCUCAGCGGUUGGAUCUGCUGAGAGAUUCAUUAGAUCGGCGGUUGGCAGAACUUCCUGAGGAUCAUCCCAAAGCAUCUGUCAUUAAAGAGGAGCUGGUUUUAGCCUCCUCACCAGCAUUCAGCUCCCGACACGGCGCCCCCUACCUGCACAACCAGUACAGCACCCUCUCCAAACCCUCUCCGCUCACUGGCACUCUUCAGGUCACAUUGCUGGGCUGUAUGGGUGUGCUGGAGGUGGUUCCCGGUCGUUCCCGGGGCAGUCAGGUGUUGUUGCCGUGUUACAGUCCGGGAGAGGGGCGGUCCUUUAUGCGGAGUGGAAAAGGCCUGUACGGUCGCAGCGGCAGUGUGAGCGGAAAAACCACCCCCAAAACAGACGAACUUUCCUCGGAGGUGAGUGCAGUGCUGAAGCUGGAUAACUCAGUCGUGGGCCAAACGGCAUGGAAGAUGGUUGGAGAACAGGGCUGGGAUCAGACUUUCACCAUAGAGCUGGAGAGAUCCAGAGAGAUGGAGAUGGCUGUGUACUGGAAAGACUACCGCUCUCUGUGUGCAUUGAAAUUUCUAAAGCUGGAGGACUUCCUGGACAACCAGAAACACAGAGUACAACUAGAGCUAGAACCACAGGGACUGCUGUUGGCAGAGGUCACCUUCUUUAACCCCGUGAUCGAGAGGGCUCCACGGCUAAAACGGCAGAAGAAAGUUUUCUCCAAACAACAGGGGAAGGCCUUCUUGCGAGCUCGGCAGAUGAACGUUGAUAUCGGCACAUGGGUGAGGUUACUGAGGAAUGCCAUACCAACCGUCAACAACACAGGAACUUACAGCCCGCACGCACACACUGUACAGACAGGGGAGAUAUCAGUGGAGAAGUUGAGUUUAGACUAUGACUCACCGAUGAAGGUGGACAUCCGGCGAGACGUGACGGACACAAGCACUCCCGAACAACAAGCGGCCACUGAGCCCCUCUCCACUCCUGACCUCACCACUCCUGAGCGACAAAUCAGAUCACAGAACAGUAAACAGAAAAAGACCCCUUUGAGCCUGCAGGAUUUCCGACUAAUUGCGGUUCUUGGCAGAGGCCAUUUUGGAAAGGUGCUGUUGGCAGAAUACAAGAAGUCAGGCAGCAUGUACGCCAUAAAAGCCCUAAAGAAAGGAGACAUCGUGGCCAGAGAUGAAGUAGAAAGUUUGAUGUGUGAGAAGCGCAUUUUUGAGACGGUGAACAGUACACAACACCCCUUCCUCGUGAACCUGUUUGCAUGUUUCCAGACCCCAGAACAUGUGUGUUUUGUCAUGGAGUACACGGCAGGCGGAGACCUAAUGAUGCAUAUACACGCAGACGUCUUCACCGAGCCACGGGCUGUGUUCUAUUCUGCUUGUGUAGUUUUAGGACUUCAAUUUUUACAUGACAACAAGAUUGUGUACCGAGAUCUUAAAUUGGACAACUUGCUGCUUGACACAGAGGGUUACGUAAAGAUCGCCGACUUUGGAUUGUGUAAAGAAGGUAUGGGUUUUGGGGACCGGACCAGUACGUUCUGUGGGACUCCAGAGUUUCUGGCUCCAGAGGUUCUAACAGACACGUCGUACACGCGGGCCGUGGACUGGUGGGGACUCGGAGUGCUUAUAUACGAGAUGUUGGUGGGAGAGUCUCCAUUUCCAGGUGAUGAUGAAGAGGAGGUUUUUGACAGCAUAGUGAACGAUGAAGUUCGAUACCCACGGUUUCUUUCCUCUGAGGCCAUUGGCAUCUUAAGGAGGUUACUAAGGAGAAAUCCAGAAAGACGACUGGGCUCCAGUGAGAAAGAUGCAGAGGAUGUUAAGAAACAGCCUUUCUUCAGGAAUAUGGACUGGGAGGCUCUUCUCCUCCGUAAACUCCCUCCUCCCUUCCUUCCGUCCAUCGGAGGAAAAGAAGAUGUCAGCAACUUUGAUGAGGAAUUCACAGCAGAAGCGCCGAAUCUCACUCCGCCUCGUGAACCGCGGGUGCUCUCGAGGAAGGAUCAGGACAGCUUCCGAGACUUUGACUAUGUCUCUGAUCUCUGCUGAGAGCGUCUUCACUGUGACAGUGCCGUAGAGAGACAUAUCUGCUCCGUGACGAUGAGGACAAGAGUGGCCAAUUUGAGUGAAUUGUGAAUGAGCUGGACCUGUGAACACUGUGAAGGAAGAGAGAAAGCUCUGGAAAACCAUUAGAAACAGGUUUAAAGGUGCACUCAAUCUUUUUUUUAAUGUUGCGCUUCGACUCACACUGACACCUAGUGGUUUGGAUGAAGCGUCACACUAGUAAAAGUAAGUGUUCAGUUAUCAGUGCAGUUGUCGAAAUGCAUUAUUCGCAGUCAGCCAUGAUUAAUUUAUUCUACUAGUGAAAGUGUCCAAUAACAGGUGGGUUACUGAAAUGAGGGUUGAGGUCAUGUGAUCUCAAAAUGGCGGCCCCCAUCAGGGGACCCUCUUCAUGUAGAAUAAAACAGCUUUUAUUGGGAUACUGAUGAGACUAGAGUCCUCAUCCUAUGUGAAUGGUCAUCAUUUUAAUUCAAAAGUAA